AUGUCCACCCAACAACACAAGUUCAAGCGUCCAGAUGUCUCUGUUAGAGACAAGAAACUGGACACUCUUAACGUUCAAUUGAAGAAAAUCGAUGUCGAAAUUGGUUUGAUCAGAAAGCAAAUCGACCAACAUCAGGUCAACGAUACCACUCAGCACGAGCGCAAGCAGUUGCAAGACAAGAACAAAGAAAUCAUCAGGGUUCAAGCUGACUUGAAGAACCGUAGAAGCAAUAUUCACGAUUCCAUCAAGCAAUUGGACGCUCAAAUCAAGAGAAAAAACAACCAAAUCGAGGAAAAACUGGGUAAAAAGGCAAAAUUCUCCUCUACCGCGGAAGCAAAGCAAAGAAUCAAUGAAAUCGAAGAAUCUAUUGCAUCUGGUGACCUUUCUUUGGUUCAAGAAAAGCUAUUGGUCAAGGAAAUGCAGUCUUUAAACAAAUUGAUCAAGGAUCUAGUCAACAUUGAGCCAAUUAGAAAGUCUGUCGAUGCUGAUAAGGCUAAGAUCACUCAAUUGAAGGAAGAAUUGAACGGGUUGAAUCCAAAGGAGGUUUCCAACCAAUUUGAGGAUAACCAGCAGAAACUGAACAACAUUCAUUCAAAGACUCAAGGCGUCUACGACAAGAGGCAAACUUUGUUCAAUAAGCGUACUGCCUUGUACAAAAAACGUGACGAAUUAUACAGUCAAAUCAGGCAAAUCAGAGCUGACUUUGACAACGAAUUCAAAUCUUUCAAAGCCAAAUUGGAUAAGGAACGUUUGAAGCGUGAAGAGGAUCACAAAUUAUCCAAAUUAUUGGAACAAAAAGAUGUUGACAUGGGUAAAUUACAAGAAAAGCUGACUCAUGCCAAAAUUCCAGCCUUCACCUAUGAAAUUGGAGCUAUCGAGAACUCUUUACUUGUUUUGGAUCCAACAUAUGUGAAACCGAAGAAAAAUAUACUAGCUGAGUUAAGUGAUACCGCUUUGGAAACCAAACCCGCCAGAAAAGUUGUAGCUGAUGACUUGGUCUUGGUCAGCCCAAAAAAGGAUGAUUUUGUCAACGUUGCUCCAUCCAAAUCCAAGAAAUACAAGAAGAAGAACCAACAAAAGAAUACUGAAAAUGAACAACCUGCCUCCGUUUUCAACAAAGCCGAUGGAAAAUUCACGUUGGAACCAACAUUGAUUGCUACUUUGGCCGAAUUGGAUGUCACUGUUCCAAUCAACAAUGACGAUGUCAAGAUCACUAUUGAGCAAUUGAAGAAGAAACAUGAAGAGCUUUUGUCUAAGCAAGAAGAACAAACAAACCAAAACAUUGAAUCUGUCGAAAAAGAAAUUGAAAAUUUGAACCUGGACUACUCCAAUAAAGAACAACAAGUAAAGAAGGAAUUGGAAGAAAAAAGAUUGAAAGAACAGGAAGAAUCUGAAAAAGAUAAGGAAAACUGA